UUCAAAAUGAAAAACCUAAUGGUCAUCAAGUAGUUCAAAAUGAAGAACUUACUAGUCAAGUUGUUCAAGUUGUCCAAAAUAAAGGACCCAAUGAUCAAGUUUUCCAAAAUGAAGAUAAUGAUGAAAUAAACCGAAUCUCGGUGAGCAUAGGUGAGAACAUAAACAGCAAAUUGAGAACACUUAUAGUUAUUAUCUCUUCGUCU